AUGGCAGCCUAUACAAAUACAGUCUAUAUAUUAAUAGUGUUAAUUUUAAUUUGUGAUAUUCACUGUGACACGAGCAUUGGUAAUAAUGGGAAUAACAAAUUAUCACAAUCCAGUGAAAAGGACAGCAAAGUAUCUCAGCAUGAAAAUGAUGGAAAAAAUAAAGUCAGUUUAGAAGAAUCAGGUAUAAAUGUUAUCCCCAAAUCCUCUCAUGAUAAUUUGAAUGUUAAGCAUGCUUCUCCUCAUGAUAUUAAGCAGCCAUUAGAAUCUUCUCUCUCUUAUCAGGGUAAUAGGGAAGCUAGCAGUAAAUCCCAGUCUGUUGAUAUAAUUGAUCAUACCUCUAAUAAUGAUUCCCCUUCCUCAGUGGUACCUCCUGACCAAAUUAAUUCAGAUAAGGUUGAAAACAAAGUUGGCUCUUUAGACAUGGAUAGUGGUGAUGUUCUGUUUGAAGAAUCUGGUAGUCCCGAAGAAUCUUUGGUAGAUCAGAUGAAAAGAUUGAGUGAGAAAAUUAAAGAGCGUCAAAACAAAGAAAGUGUUGAAAUGGAAAUGCCUGAUAAUAUUGAAGAAAAGGAAAUAAAAUUAGAGAAUAAAGAAAUUGAAGAACUUGCUGAACAAGGUGAUGAUAGGCUAGAUGAAAAUUCUGAGAAAAACUUAAAUACAGGUGAUAAAUUUGAACAAGUUGAAAUAGAAUCCAGACAGUUUGAAGUUAAUAGAAAAAAUAUAGAAGAUGAUAAACAUGAUGUUAAUGUGCAAGUAAAUGAGAUUAAAGAAGUUAUUGAGCAGGAUAGCAAAGAGACACUUAUGAAGCAGAUUAAAAAACUUGAAAAGGAAGUUACCGAAGGAGAAAUUGAUAUACCAUCUUUAGUACCUUCAUAUGAUAAUGAACAUUUACCAAGUGAAGAAGAACUAGAAGAAGCAGCAGCAGAAAUAAAUGAUAAUGUUUAUAAUCAGGAUAUUACAGGGAAAUCUGAUGAACAGUCUGGUAAACCAAGUUCAGAACUUUUUAUAGAUAAUACACAACCACCAUCUUCAGAUAUUUUACCAUCAAAAACUGAUGAACAAAUAAAUGAAAAUAUUAACAAACAAACCAAUGAACAAAUACAAGUAAGACUGACACCAAGUUUUGAAAAUGUAAAGUCAACAGUGCAGACAAUGUCGCAAAUUGAUGUCACGGAACAAAUACAGCCUACAGCAAAGGUGGAUAUGAAAUCAUCGAAAAAAGUUUUAAAUGCUCAAGAAAGGAAAAAUCUGAGACUAGCCAAAAAUAAAAGAGAAACUGAUUUGGAUGAAAAGCAAAUUCCUGCUCCUGUAAAAACCAAUGUCAAUCCAACACCUGUUCAAGAGUUGAAUAUAGGAACACACCAGUCUAAAGUAAUGAGCAAAGAAAUGACAGCAGCAGUAGAUGCUAACUCUGCUACUGAAAAGGAAGAUAUAAAAACAGUGUCAGAGGAAUUAGAAACAUCUGAAAAUGAUAUAACAGGAACAGUUUAUGACACAAAUGUUUUUAAAGAAGAAGUAAUUCAAGAAACUUUUAAUGAAAUGACAGCAGAAACACGAGAGAAUUUAGCACCAACCACAACUACAGAAGAUAAAGUACCAGUUGUGACUGAAACGUUACCUCCACAUGAUGGAGAUAGUCGUACACAAUCACAGGAAGAAAUCCAAUCAUCUACCGGAACUGAAGAAACUCCAGAGGAGAAGGGGAAAAAAAUACAAGCCCAACAGUAUUUCGAUGAGGGUGAAAAAUUGAUCAACAAUUCAUACAAAAAAGAUUAUAUCCAGGCAUAUGAGUAUUUUCAUCUUGCAGCAGAACUAGGUCAUACAAAGGCUCUUGAAUAUCUUGGAUUUGGACAUCUGUUAGGAGACUAUGUCACCCUUGACCCUGCUAAAGCUCUUAAAAUAUUUCAAGAUCUUAGUGAGAAAGGUUCACCCAAGGGACAACUGGGUUUAGGGUUUUCGUAUAGUUCCGGUCUUGCAGUGAACUCAAGUCAGGCUAAGGCACUGAUCUAUUUUACCUUUGCUGCCCUUGGUGGUGAUCCCUUGGCACAGAUGGUCCUUGGCUACAGAUUUUUGUCCGGUAUAGGUGUUGAAUCUAAAUGUGAGACUGCUUUGACAUAUUACAGGAAAGUUGCAACUACAGUGGCAGAAAAUACGUCAUCUGGUAGUCCGGUUGUCCAGAGAACCCGGUUACACGAGCAGGCUGACAACAAAGACAGUAAUGUAGGAUCCCUAAUGGACGAUGAUCUAUUACAAUACUAUGAAUUCCUCGCUGACAAAGGAGAUGUCCAAGCACAGGUUGUGUUAGGUCAACUAUACUACCAGGGUGGUAGAGGUGUUCCUGUCAACCAUGAGCGUGCUCAUCAUUACUUUUUGAUGGCAGCAGAAUCUGGUAAUGGAAAUGCUCAUGCUUUUCUAGGAAAGAUGCAUUCAGAAGGUAGUCCUGUUGUACCUCAGGAUGAUGAGCUAGCAUAUCAGUACUUUAAAAAAGCUGCAGAUAAGGGCAAUCCAAUAGGACAGUGUGGUCUUGGAAUCAUCAAUUUGUAUGGCAAAGGAGUAGAAAAGGACUAUCAAAAAGCUUUGAAAUAUUUCACUCAAUCCUCCGAUCAAGGGUGGUCAGACGCCCAACUUCAUCUCGGAAUUAUGCAUUUUGGUGGUAAAGGUGUGAGGAGAGAUUAUAAAGUAGCUGUAAAAUAUUUCAACCUAGCAUCACAAGGUGGUCAUGUCCUGGCAUUCUAUCAUCUAGCACAGAUGCAUGCUACAGGAACUGGUGUCCUAAGAAAUUGCCAUACAGCUGUCGAGUUGUACAAGAAUGUAGCGGAGCGAGGGAAAUGGGCUAGCAUGUUGGUUGAUGCCCAUGAGUUAUAUAAGAAUGGUAAUGUUAAUGAAGCUCUCCUGAAGUACACAUUCCUAGCUGAGAUGGGAUAUGAAGUGGCACAGUCUAAUGUUGCCUAUAUUUUAGAUAAUGGGGAGAGCACUCUAUUUGACCAGAAAGAGACAUAUCAGAGGGCGUUGUUACAUUGGACACGUGCAGCAUCACAAGGUUCUACAAUAGCACGUUUAAAGAUGGGUGACUAUCAUUACUACGGUUACGGUACAGAUAUAGAUUACGAGACAGCUGCCACACACUACAGACUUGCUACAGAACAACAGCAUAAUGCACAAGCCAUGUUUAAUCUUGGAUACAUGCAUGAAAAUGGUCUUGGUCUAAAACAGGAUGUCCAUCUCGCAAAGAGGUUUUAUGAUAUGGCAGCUGAGACCAGUGUUGAUGCAUAUGUUCCAGUAACCUUAGCAUUAUUUAAACUGGGCAUGUUUUAUGGAACAGAUGUAUUUAAUAAAGAGAUGGAGAAUUACUACACAUUUUUUAAUAAAUUGGAUAUACGAUACCAGUUAGGACCAUACUGGGAUAUUUACCUAGCAACGUUUUUAGCAAUAGCUCUUGGAAUAGUUGUUGUUGUUUUCCGACACCAGCGGUAGCUACAACCACGCCUAGAUACACCUGCCAUUGUUGUUGUUAAUGUAAUAAUGUAAUAAGAAAAUCUGUUGUUUUUCUGUUUUUCAGAAUAAUUCUAAUAAAUGUUUUUGUUUCAUUGAAUUUUAAGUUUUGUUUCUUAUAUAAUUUUUUUAUUCAGCUAUUUUUCAUAUUUCUUGAAUUUGAUUUUUUUUUAACUUAUUGGCACAAUCUUCAUCAUUUUAACCCUUAACUUGCUAAAUUUGUGUAAUGGAUAUGCCAUGCAUUAAAUUUUGAAUAGUCUAUUUGAAUUUUAAGAGAUUUCAUGAACAAAAUUUUAAAAAUUGAGCUUUCAACAGUAAAGAAUCUGGUCAGAUUGCACAGAUGCACAGACUGGCCUGGCUCUAUACUUGUAGCUAAAGUUCAACACAUUUUAGAUCCUGCAUAUUAAGGGUAAAAAGAAAUUGUUUCUGUUAGAUAAGUUCUUCAGGUUUUUUUGUCCAAGUUAUAAUUUUGUUAAUAGUGUAAUGAUAUAAAAAGUGGUAAUUGUUUAUUAUUUGAUUUACAUUAAAAGUACUUUGAUCUGGUAUUAUCAAAUAUUGCUCAGUAUGUAUAUGUAUUGUUACCUUACAAAUCCCAGAUUAUGUUGUAUUCUUCUUCUACUGUCCUCUAAUUACGUUGUAUUUAUAAUACAUAGUCUGCUUGAUUUGAAUCCAUGUUUAACAUUUAAAGUUCUAAACCUUACUCUCUGCACCCAAUUGUAUAAACGUUAUACAAUUGGGUGCUGGUAGAAAAAAUAGGUACAUUCUUAUACAAAGCAUAAUAUUUCAAAUUGAAAACAGGCAUUCACUUAAGGUUAUUGUUGAUUCUUAUUUAAAAAAAUAAAGCUUGUAAAAUGCAACUAAGCUGAAUUUAGAAAAAUGUUUGAUACCAGUUUUAAUGAAAUUAUGAUAAAUUGUAUCCUUUUAGGUAAUAUUGUCUGUCAAAUAUCACUUUUUUCAUUUUCAUAAGUAUAACAUUUUUCUUAGUUUAAAGUUUAAUUUUUAGCACAGUUAAGGUGCCUUUUAGUUUAAUUACAUUUGUAGUACAUUGGGCCAGGAUUUGGAGAAAAAAACUGUCUACAAAUUUGCAUAAUAACAAUAAUGAUGAUAAUUACAUAAUAAAAAUGAUGAUGAUGGUACUGAAGAUGAUGAUGUUGUUGAUGAUAAUAAUAAGAAUACUUUGAUAAAACAAACAUAUUUGCUGAUGUUGGUAUCAUAAUAUGUUUUCAUCAUAUUACUCUUGUCAAGAGUUAUGUGACUGUGUUUUAGUAAAUCCAUUUAUAUUAUUUUGUAUUAUAAAUAUGAUAUUUUGUAAAUAGAAUUAUAUUUUAUAUAAUCAUUAGAAAAUAUAAUCCUGUAAAUAUUGUACAUACUAUGCAGAAGAUAGAUAUCAUAAACUUUAAGUUAUUUAGUUAUUAUGUAUUGCCUCUGAAUCAUAGAUAUUACUUAUUGAAGUAAUUCCUAUUUGUGUUGUUCAUACAGUAAGUGUAAAUAAAGUUCUGUUGAGAACAGUUUUUUGGUUAAGGGUUCAGAUAACUUGUUAGCGAUACAAAUUAUUUUCAAGCACCUGAUUGGUUUACUGAAAAGUGAUUUUGAAAAAGUAGACCAAUGGUUGAGUUCUUUUCAAAGUUGAUGCUCAACUUAUAAAGUAUGUGUGUACUCUUUCUGCUUGUUGCAGUUAUUCUGACUUAGCUAAUUAGAUAUAGAAAUAGACUAACGAGAUAUCCAAGAGAAACUUCUAACCUAGUGAGGUGCUCUAAACAGGAAUGUAUAAUGGACUGAUUAGCUUUUUUAUGCCCCCAUUUUUAUGCUGUCUAGCUGUCAGCCUGUAGACAAAUCAGUGGAAUUUUGGCGGGGGGGGGGGGGGGGUCCUAAGGUUUAAGACAAUGCAGACUGAUAUCCUAGCAGUUGAUUGAUAGAGAAAUAUCAGGUCUAAGUACAGGAUGAAUAAAUAUAGAAAUGAUAAAUUAUUAGGAAGUUAAUCUGAUAUGAGCAUUAUUAUUUAGUGACGAAGUGCUAUCCAGUUGGGGUAAUUUCAUUCAUAUUGUAUACUUUCCAUAGUGUAAAUAUACAUGUUGUAUAACAUAACACUUCAUUAAACUUACUAUUGUCUAUAAGAGAUAAAGACAUUUUUGAUAUGAUAAAAGAGAACGUUAUGUAUCGUGAAGUUUUAUGAAUAUUUAAAUUGAAAAGAAUAAACUUGAAUGCUAUGUAAUUUUUGAUACACAGCAAAUUUUGAAUGUGUGAAACGUUUAUUUGUAUAUUCUAGAAUUGUGUUUAGAUACUAGUGUGUGACUUUCUAUUAAUAUUAUUAGUAUUAGGAUUUAACAUAAACAGUACCAAGAUUCAGUGUUUCAAAGUUCAAGGUCUCAUUGUAUGAUGAACGGUUAAUUUUGGUUUUAUCACACUGUUACCCCUUUGUUAAUAUCAUCUAUUCUAUAACUCAAAGAUGACAGUUACUUAAAGUUACCAUAAUUAUCACAUCAUUAAUCACUCAAAAUACUGCACAAAUGAUUGCAUUUAAUAAAUAGAAUUUCCCAGAGUGGUCUCAUUUAUGUCAAAGGUCAGUGUUACAUUGGAUGCACAAUGGUAAAGAUUCGUUAUUGUUAAAAGGAAUGAGAACAAGGAUCAACAAGGCAAGGCGACGUUCACCGACGUUCACUCAGAACUUGACAGUUGCUUAAAUAUGAUGUCAGCAUUCAUAAUGACAGCAAGUUGAUCAGUAGUGGUACACAAGUAUAGUAAUGUAGUGUUUAGGGUUAUAUGCCAAAUACUUUUAAUAUUUCUGGUAAGGUGUAAUGUAACGUGUGUUUUGCCACAGUGUAAAUGUUGAGCUUGUGAUAUUACUAUACGGUAUCGACUCGUUUACGAUAUAUGGUAAAUAAAAUACCAAAAUUAUGUCAAAAUU